CUCAGAGCACUGCGACACAUGUUCAUGUUUGAGGAGAAGCCUGGGAAGCAAAAUAAGAACCAUCUCUCCUCCUCUUCCUCAUGUGUUUACCAUGAAUUUUGAAUGUCAAUGUUUGCAGAAUUCCUAGAACUUGAAGAUAACACAGGAAUAUGAAAGAAACCUAAGACUUGAAAAGAUUAUAAAGGAACAUAUGGUUUUUGUUUGCAACUACUUUUUCUUCUGAAGGACACCAGUUAGAAUCAAAAGAGCAGAAUGAAUUGUUGCUUCUUGCUACCUUUUAUCUUGGGAAUUCCUCUCAUAUGGCCUUGCUUUACAGCAACAGAAAUCUCUACAACGGAGGAAGUUGAGCACCCCGUGGGUUCUCACUUCCGAGUGAAGCGUGGUUGGAUGUGGAACCAGUUUUUUGUACCAGAGGAAAGGAACGAGACUAAUUAUCACAUUGGCCAGCUAAGAUCUGAUUUAGACAAUGGAAACAACUCUUUCCAGUACAAGCUUUUGGGAGCUGGAGCUGGAAGUAUUUUUGUCAUUGAUGAGAGAACAGGUGACAUAUAUGCCGUCCAGAAGCUUGAUAGAGAGGAACGAUCCCUCUACACUCUAAGAGCCCAGGUAAUAGACAGCACUACUGGAAGGGCUGUGGAACCUGAGUCUGAGUUUGUCAUCAGAGUUUCGGAUAUCAAUGACAAUGAACCAAAAUUCCUAGAUGAACCUUAUGAGGCCAUUGUACCCGAGAUGUCUCCAGAAGGAACAUUAGUCAUCCAAGUGACAGCAAAUGAUGCUGAUGAUCCUUCAAGUGGCAAUAAUGCUCGUCUCCUAUACAGUUUACUACAAGGCCAACCGUAUUUCUCCAUUGAACCAACAACAGGAGUCAUAAGAAUAUCUACUAAAAUGGAUAGAGAACUCCAAGAUGAGUAUUGGGUAAUUAUUCAAGCCAAAGAUAUGAUUGGUCUGCCUGGAGCACUAUCUGGAACAACAAGUGUAUUAAUUAAACUUUCUGAUGUGAAUGACAAUAAACCUAUAUUUAAGGAUCGGUUAUACCGCUUCACUGUUUCUGAAUUGGCACCUGCUGGGACUUCAGUAGGAAAAAUCAUGGCAUAUGAUAAUGACAUUGGAGAGAAUGCAGAAAUGGAUUACAGCAUUGAAGAUGAUUCACAAACAUUUGACAUAAUUACUAAUAAUAAGACGCAAGAAGGAAUAGUUAUAUUAAAAAGGAGGGUGGAUUUUGAGCACCAGAACCAAUAUCGUUUUAGAGCAAAUGUUAAAAACCGCCACGUGGAUGAGAAGCUCAUGGAAUACCAUGUUGAGGCUUCCACCACUUUCAUUAGGGUCCAGGUGGAAGAUGAAGAUGAACCUCCUGUUUUCCUGGUCCCAUAUUACCUGUUUGAAAUCUUCGAAGAAAGCCCACAUGGAUCAUUUGUAGGCAUGGUGUCUGCCAUGGAUCCAGAUCAGAGGAAAUCACCUGUCAGGUAUUCUAUGACCAGAAGCAAAGUGUUCAGUAUUGAUGACAAUGGCACAAUCGUCACAACUAACCCUCUUGAUCGAGAGAUUAGUGCUUGGUACAACCUAAGUAUUACAGCCACAGAAAAAUCUCUAUCUAUAGUCUCUGGCAAGGAAAAGGCACUUGACAAUGUGCAACAAACUUCUGCAGUUCCUGUGUAUGUGCAAGUUCUUAAUAUUAAUGAUCAUGCUCCUGAGUUCUCUGAAUACUAUGACACAUAUGUUUGUGAAAAUGCAGGCUCUGGUCAGGUAAUUCAGACCAUCAGUGCAGUGGAUAGAGAUGAAUCCAUAGAAGAUCACCAUUUUUACUUUAAUCUCUCUAGGGAAGACACAAAGAACUCAAGUUUCAUAAUCAUAGAUAAUGAAGAUAACACAGCUGUAAUUUUGACUAAUAGAACUGGUUUUAGCCUUCAAGAAGAGCCUGUCUUCUAUAUAUCUGUCCUAAUUGCUGACAAUGGAAUCCCAUCACUUACAAGUACAAACACCCUUACCAUACACAUCUGUGACUGCGAUGACCAUGGCAGUACACAGACCUGCAGAAAUAAGGACCUUAUGCUUGCCAUGGGAUUCAGAACAGAAGUCAUACUUGCUAUCUUGAUAAGCGUCAUGAUAAUAUUUGGGUUUAUUUUUUUGAUCCUGGGUCUGAAACAGCGAAGAAAGCAGCCUCUGUUUCCGGAGAAAGGUGAAGAUUUCCGCGAGAAUAUAUUCAGAUACGACGAUGAAGGGGGAGGCGAGGAAGACACGGAGGCUUUUGACAUCGCGGAGCUGAGGAGUAGCACCGUCAUGCGGGAGCGCAAGCCGCGGAGAACCGCCACCGCGGAGAUCAGGAGCCUGUACCGGCAGUCUUUGCAGGUUGGCCCGGAUAGUGCCAUUUUCCGGAAAUUCAUUCUAGAAAAGCUCGAAGAAGCUAACACGGAUCCUUGUGCCCCUCCUUUUGACUCCCUCCAGACCUACGCUUUUGAGGGAACGGGGUCGUUAGCUGGGUCCCUGAGCUCCUUAGGCUCCGCAGCCUCUGAUCAGGAUGAAAAUUACGACUACCUUAACGAGUUGGGACCUCGCUUUAAAAGAUUAGCAUGCAUGUUUGGGUCUGCUAUGCAGUCAAAUAAUUAGGGCUUUGUUAUUAUUUAAAAUUUUAAAAAGGCUAGUAUGUGUUUGGGCACACUGCUAGUCUCUUAGUAAAGAGUUGUGUACUGCAGUUCUCGGGGUGAGGGAGAAAAGUUAUAGCAUCUUCUGAUUUCCUUGGAGUAAAUGCCCUUGGUUUUUCAAGCUACCCACAUGUUGUCCCCGAAUGCAGAUGUGGAGUGAUGCUAGCAGUCAGCUCUCAUGUGCCAAUGCAGGCCAACUGUGGCAUGUAACUGAAGUACUCCUCUGGCAUUUUUUUCACUAUUUUCACUACCAUCCAAUACAAAGUUUUGAAUGUUUAAUGUGAGAAAGGCCCUGAACUAGAUCAACUUAAUAUUAUUUCAGUUAUCCUUUUUUGUUUUAAUCUUACAGAGUGAGAGUGUAUUGUUUAUGUGUUUUAAGUUCCUGAUGCUAUACAAAGAGAAACAAAUACCUAGUAGAAUCUGGGUGAUGAUAUAAAACUUUUAAAAAGUGUUUAUUUUUUAUGAAUAAACAAGUUUCUGAGAUUCUAUGACUCACAGUAGUUUGAUAUUUUAAAAUCAUUGUCAAGGCCAUACUUGAAAACUGAUUUCAAAUUUAGACAGAUUCUUAGGUAUAUUGAUUAAUCAAAGAUACAGUAUAGAUUGGUAUUAUCUUUGAUAUUACAGAUUUAUAUAACAAAGGGAGUAUGAAGAUAUAUCUGGGACAUUUAAUGUUUUUUUUUGUAUGUAGCCAAAAUACAUCUUUACCAUGGCACAAUGCAAUAACAAAAUACAUGUCAAAAUUUACUCAACAUUAAAUUUUAACUUUAUGAUAAUUGUGGAAAGCAUGAAAAUUUUUAAGUAAAUUUUUAUUGCCACUAAAAAUGGUAGCAGUAAAUGAAAGAAGUAUUUGACUCAAAGUUGAAUUAAUAUUCAUGCAAAAUAUUAUGAUCACCUGUACUGAUUCUCACCACGCAUAGAAUGAAACAUGAUAAAAUUCUUAGCAUUUCCUUUUUAUUAAGAGCUUAGACCAGAACUGAUUCUUCAGUGUCAUCUUUUUUAUUAUGGGAUAUAAAAUUAGGUGCAAUAGUUACUUUUAUUAUAACAUUAUGAAGGAAGUAUGCUAAGCUGCCGGACACGAUAAAAUCCACGGAAACAUCCAGAUAUCAAGCUUUAUGAUAACGUCAGAUAAUCAGAUAAUAAAACCCUUUAAUUUUACCCAGCAUUUUCAGAACCAUCCUUAUUAUUCUAUAUAAAUCAAGAUGGAAUUCAGAAUUCAUAGGUGGAACAGAAAGAAAAUGGUGAAUAAUACAGUGUCCUCAAAAUUGUUUUAUAUGUUCAUUUCUUAUUAGCAGCAUGUGGAAAUGAGCUGAACCAAACUGACCAUUUAUGUUUAGAGAAAAUAGUUUGAAUAAUGUUUAGCUAAAGAUAGUGGGUUUGAAUAGCUACAGUAUUAUUUUCCUCUGUACUUGGAAACAUAAACACCACACCGUGUAAUAGAAGGGAGGUUUUCCACCGAUGUCCAUUCAAGUACCGUCAUGUCAGUAACAUAGGUAUGAACACUUUACAAAAGCCCAAGACUGGAAAUACGACAAUUUAGGAAAAUAUUAAAAGUGGAUGAGAAGUGAUAAGUCAUAGAAAAUCCUUAGGCAUUCAUAUGCUCAUUUACUUAGGAAAGAGUGUGAAUACUAAACAAAAUGUUCAGAGAGAAAACUUGCAAGUAAAACAGAAAUGUGUGAGUUGAGAGAACAUUUCUAUUUCUAUCAUAUUAACAUAAAAAUUGAAAGAGUGUAAUUGGGGAUAUUUUCAGGGAUGAUUCCGUAAAGGAUUAUUCCCUGUAUUUAAAAGAUUGUGCUAUAUCUAAUCUUGGUUGAAGAAUUGGAAAGUACAAAAAGCAGCAGAUAAAUCAAUCCAUGGAAAAUAGAUGAGAAAAACAGAAAUAGGGUUUUCUGAGGCUCAAGUAGGUUCUAUCAUGGGUGAAAGCCUUACGAACAGCUUAUCAAUUUGGACGAACACUUUAAAAAAAUGCACACGUUUGAGUCCAGUGGCACUAAGCAGGUGUGUUAAACUCGGCUUCGUUGACGAUGAGAUUGUUAACUCUAAGUACAUAGGAAAAGAACAUGCAUGGUUGCAUAUCGAUUUGCUAGUCUUAAAUAAUAUCAGAAAAUACUAUCUGAUUCUUGUACAGAAGUUGCAGUUAACCUAGAAAUUGUGUUCGGUCACAUUUCAAUCACACUUGACCUUUUUACGGUCACCUGGGUGUUGCAAGAACACAGCUGUAUUCUGACCUAAAGUCGUGGCGUUCAGAUCUCACUUUUGUAAGUUUUCAUAAAGGCUAAAUCAGUGCAGAUAUUUAUGAAAAUAGUACAGCUUCGCACUAACACUUGCAGUGCUUAAAUACCUCCCUCCGUUAACUCACAGGUUUAUGUGUAAGUCCGGGAUUACUCAUGGUUGAAACAAGAAAAUAUUUAAAGGCCUUUCAGUGAUCAUAGGCGUUCACACCCCAUCCGUGCUUGAGCCUGCAGAUCCGAGGAUGACUUGGUGCGCUUUUGUUUAAGUAACGGUGUGAACUCCGUCGAACUGUCUGCUCUUGGCCCGGCUGAGUUGGUCAUCUGUAAAAUAAGGCCCAGUUCAGCUAUUGCACAUGGCUGUUGGGGCCGACGAGCAGUCCCUGACCCACGGAAGAACCGCGUCGUUGUGGGAGCUGAUGCCAUGCGGCUGACCUCGCAGACCCCUUUCCCUUCCAGGGCUGAGGGCUCUGCGCGGCUUCACAGCGUGUUUGUGAUCUGAGUCCACUUUCUCACCCCGCCUGGAAGCCGGGUGUUCCUCUGUCCCUGCUCAUGUCUUCCAGUCUCGUGUUCUAGGCCCGCAACACUCUGCUCCUCGGACAUUUCGCUUUUGCAUUUCCUCGCUUCAUUCAGGUCUGUGAUGGACUGUGAUUUCCUUAGAAAGGCCUACUGGCCAUCGUCUUCCACGGUGGCCCUCACUCCUCCUUGCUUUUAUUCAAAUCACUUAGCCACCUGGUAUUACAAUAUAUACAUACUUUUUUUUUUUUUAACUUGUUAUGUCUUUAUCUCUUCUUAGAAUGUAAGCCGUAAUGGGCAAGGAAUUCUCUGUCUUGUUCAUUUGUUCUUGUCUAAAAUUGUUUGUAGCCCAUAGUAAGUGGACCAAUAAAUA